UGAGAGACGAAAGAUAUGCAAAUUUACAAUUGAAACCAAAUUAAAAAUGAGAGUCGCAAGUAAAAUAUCGAUAAUAAUCUUGCGCGAUGUGCAAACAUCUUUUAUCGAAAAAAACUUGAGAAAUUAAUGUAUUUCAAAAAGAAAAAGAGAAAAAUAAUUUAGUAGGUUGUAUGCGAUUUGACACGAAAAAUUUAAACAUUCCCUUUAAGCUGCAAUUCAUUUAUUAGCGCUUUCGAGUGCGGUGGGUUUGGAAACCAAUCCAAAUCGGGUUAAUGACGCCAUAUGCUGGAAUCGUCCAAUCAGAGCUCAAAGUAAAGCAUGUGACGUCAUUGACCCGGCUCGAAUUGGAUUAAAACUAAAGAGCCUUUAGUAAAGCUUCAAAUUAAGAAUUUUUUUAAAUAAAAGGAAAAGAAUCCGAUAUCUCGCGCCUUUUUUUCGUUUUCUUUUGUUCUUUUAUUUCUCCGAGAUUCGAUUCUCUGUAUGCAUCACAGAAAAUUCAUAGCAUGUGUCGCAUCUAGUUCUUUUACAUCUAUGGAUUAGAUAGAUAGCGCUCGGAUGCAAGAAUUCGAAAUGACGCGCGAACAACUUCACAUUGUGUCAUGGCCGUCACCUUCCAUUGCGUACGUUGAUUGUAAGUCUAUGAACAUAUUUUAUAAAAGAAUAUUUCGUCAUUAUCUCCAUUAAUCCAAAAAUUCGUUCAAAAAUUGCGAGAAGAAAGAAAGAGAGAGAGAGAGAGAGAGAUGAGGAAAAGAGGGAGAGAGAAGGAAAACGAACGAGCGUAUGAACGAAACAUCCUGCAUGAAGAGAACGAGACGGUUUCAAUUAACGGACUAUUAAGAUAUUAUUUUCGCACUCUUCCUCCCUUUCUCUUUUUCUCCGAAUGCCUUUCUGAGAGAUAUUCGGAUCAAUAAAAGUACGUGAUAGUUAUGAAAUGGCUUUUAACAAUAUUCUAAUCUACGGUCAAAUAUGCGUCGUAGUCGCGCAGGGAACCGUUCGGUGUGAAAUUGCCGGCGCGUCCUUUCCAUCGAAACGCGGCAACUUCAUUCACUCGACAUACUGGGAAGACGGACGGGACAAUCGUGUUUCGCGUACGUUUCGUGUGCGUUUCGCGUGUUUCUUACUCGUUUCGCGCGCGCUUCGUGUACGCAAUAAGAAUCGAAUGUACCGUACAAAGUGCUGGGAGUAUGAAUUAUCGCGUUACAUUAACUAGCGUGAUCGUGUUCACGCGAGUGAGCGUCUGGAGCAGCGGAGCAGUCGGCAGGUGAACAAUGGCGGCGCCGCACAACUUUUCGGAUGAACAAGUUCAUGGUCACUUGCUUCAGGGGUUCCAACCAGGUCUCAGGAUUUCUUUAUUAUCAGAACUCUCAACGAUCGGAAUAUGGUUCCUUACGAAAUCAGUAACAACGAAAGCUACAUAAACAACGAAACUCUGCUUUACAACGUGUCGUUGAAUGAAGAUUACAUCUUUGACAGAACCGACGUGAAAGUAAUCUUCAUCACUUUAUACACCAUCGUAUUCGUCUGCUGUUUCUUCGGCAAUCUUAUGGUGAUUUUUGUGGUGACGUUCUCCCGUCGGUUGCGCAGCAUCACAAAUUUCUUCCUGGCAAAUCUGGCGGUGGCGGAUUUUUGCGUAGGCAUCUUCUGCGUCUACCAGACGCUCACCAACUACUUGAUGAACAGCUGGCAGUUUGGCGAUUUCUUUUGCAAGGUGUACAUGUUCGUGCACGCGCUCUCAUACACCGCCAGCAUACUAAUUCUCGUGGUAGUGUGCACUGAGCGUUACCUGGCCAUCUGCCAUCCUAUCAAGUGCCGGUCCAUGCUGACCAGAAGACGCCUCAGGUUGGUGAUAGGUGUGGUAUGGAUCCUGGCGGCGGUGUACGCCUCGCCUAGAUUUUUCUACGUUGAAACCAUCAGCAAUCGGCUCAGCAACGGCGACGUCGACAUCAUCUGCAUAGCCAAUAUCAAGAAGCACAACAAGAACGUUCUGGACGUGGUGAAUCUCAUUUUCCUCUACCUCCUGCCGCUGUUCCUCAUGAGUUAUCUCUAUACCAGGAUCGCCAUAGGUCUUUGGAAAAGCAGCGCGACCCUCGCAGGACCCGGUCUAGUCGCCAGUACCAAAAACGGUCGGGUACAUCACGUGCACACGUCCAGCAGGAACGUUCUGAAGGCGCGACGCGGUGUUAUCAGAAUGUUGAUCGCGGUGGUGAUGAUGUUUGCCGUGUGCAACCUGCCUCAACAGGCGCGUAUUCUCUGGCGACAUUGGGGCCCGAAUUAUGAUAACACAUCGGACUUCAGCACUCUGCUGACCGUGUCGACCUUCCUCAUCUCGUAUACGACCUCUUGUCUGGAUCCGUUGCUGUACGCCUUCCUCUCGCGCAACUUUCGCAAGGGUAUGCACGAACUAUUGCACUGCGAGCACUCGAGGAACGAUGGCGGUACUCUGGCGAUGGCGUGUCCCAGCGGCGACCACAAUCGCCACGAGAAUGGCGUCAGCUUCCAUGUACCUGAGAGCUCGGUCGUACGACUAAACUCCGUUCACAACAGGCUGUCCACCGCCCGACGGACCAUCAUUCGAUAGAGCUAAAGACAAGAAAAAUUCAAUGAACUAUCAUUGUCCACGCGACGGAACUAAAUCGCGAAGUGAUUCUUUACAGGGUAUUAUAAAUAUAUACAGGACGGGAGCUGGCAGAAUCCUCAGGGAAGUGCGCGAGCGCCUGUGAAAUAUUUUUAGGUCUAUUUUAACUCGUAGUUUAUUUUAUUUAUUUAUUUUGAUGAGUAUGAAUGAAGCGUUGCGUUGCUACAGGAACGCUACACGCCUCGAGACUGUAAAUUUGAAUUAGUCGAAGAGUUUGCUGGUAUUAGGGGUAGAAAGUUUGGCGUACCUUGUCUAGUUUAGAGCUGAAUGUUUUAUGGCAACGAACUAUUCUCCUUUUGAAAGACUUAUCAUAUCCUAUAUUAAGAAGAUUAUUUUCAAAGUAUCUCGAAUUUCUAGUACCAAAAUCCCUUUUUUUUUUUAAAUCUUAGUUACAAUAAAAUAGACUUGUUACAAAAUUCAGAUCUAACUUCGAAAAUGAGCUUUUCAAUCUUUGAAUCGCAAAUUGUAUCGUUUUGAAAGAACUCGCAGCUCAAUUUCUUACGUGCUAUAAUCUUAUAAUUUUAAAUUAUGCUGACCACUCAUAUUAUGCAAUCGCAGGAAUUGCCGUGUUUUGGGAACAAACCUUGUUAGUGAUAGUUUUCAUUGCACGAGAAAGAGAGAGAGAGAGAGAGGACAGCAAGUUUUGGUUGUGGUCAAAUGGUGUCAGUGGCAUCCACAACUUCGUCAAGGUGUGUGUAACGCGUGUGUGAACGACGAAGUACGGCGAGCUUAAUCGGAGCUUAUUCAGAGCAUAUUACGUACUCCCAUUUCCACUCCCGUUCUUUGUCCCUAGGCGCAUAAACAAUACGAACUGAAACUAUUGUGGGUUUCGCUCGUAUUCGCUCGCAAAGUGGCAAGAAGAAACUGCGUUAUACGAGGUAUGGUCGAUAUCUGUAUUUGUAAUUUAGAACAUCGCAUGUUAGAUUUUCCAAACUUGAAUAUCGUAAAAUUUUUGAUAUUUUUUUAACAUCGUAGAAUUCUCAAAAUAUAAAUUUUCUUUCGCCGAUUUUGCAUCUCAUUUUAUUACGUACAAGUGUCAUGCUGACAACUCUUCCAAAAUUAUGCUAUACUAUUUAGAAAUGUCUCUCAAUUUUCAAGUGAGAAAUUACACAAUUGCUAAAAUUAUCACAAAAUUACUUCUCCGCGAAGAAGCUUGCUCGAAUUACGCGCGUCAUUAAACAAAUUGGCAAUCGUAUUUACUGAGAAGUUCGUAUCUUUCGAAAGUGCGUGAAAAGGGAGAAUCAAAUGGUACGUGUAAAUGAACAUUGUAAGUUGGGAACUUAUAACCCGAUUAUGUUAAUGUCAAGUAAUUAACAAAUAAAAAGAAAAUUAUAAAAAGGGAAGUGCAAUGUAAUUUUUUACACUGCAUUUUUUUUAUUUCGAGAGAUUUAUUUUUAACACGUGGACUAAACAUAGUAUCGAACAUUAUAAAUACAUUAGAAAUUUUGUAUUUUAUUCAGAAUAUAUUCAUUAGUGUAUCUGAGUAUAUCAAAUACGUAUUAAAAACUCCAAAUGUGUUCAAGAUAUCAUUAUCAUUGAAACUCUCAAAUUUUAUUGAAAAUACGGAUAUGCUCAAAUUAUUGUAAUAUUAGAAAAUUUAUGCUUUGAUUUUGUAUGAAAAAGUAUUAUAUUUAUAUUUAAAUUAAUUAAAUAUAAUUAUGACUACUCAAUAAUGUGUUCUAACGAUUGAUGCAUGCUUUUUAAAAAUAGCACGAUAAUAAAUGAAAUGUAGAGAUAAAAUUCACUGCACUCUGGCAAAAAGUUAAUUCAUGUGACGCGAAAACAGAGACGCAAUCUCAACAGAGACCGGAUUCCAUUGGGAAAGAUAAUUUAUCCGACCGUAUUGGAAUGACCAGUUGACAUUACCGCCUUCGGUUUUUGGUAUUUAUCAAUGCUCUCUUUACACCUCAUUAAAUGCACACUAUGUAAAAUGGAAUUAAAACCAAUAUCAGUAUCCUAUUUUCGCGUAAUACGGAAUUAUUGGAAUUAAAAAGGUUUAAUUGCAUAUUCAAAUAGUAAUUCACGUCUCGUGCCACCAAAUUUAAUUUUCAGAAAAAGGACAAUGUUUUAACUCUCUCUUAUUAAUUUUAAACGAAUAUAAAUUGCAAUAAUUGGUUUUCAUAUAUGAAUAAUAUGACAAAGCUUAAAUUUUAAUUUUUAGAAUUCAAUGUUAAUUAUCAAAUAAUCGUAAAAAGAAUUAAUGGUAUUUUUAAUGAGUUUAUAAUGAAUUUUGUCCGUAAUGAGAAAACGUCGAUGAUUCUGAGACAUCUUACAUAGACAUCUUUAAUCUCUGUUUUAUUGGAAGGAUUGUAUGCAGCAAGUUCAUGAAAUAUCGUGUAAAUGCGAAAUUCCGAGUACGGCUUCGUAAGUGGCAAAAGUCUAGAAUGGUUUCCGAAGUAAAAUACCUUUAGAAAUAUAAGCACCACUUCAUCGCGAUGCCACGUAAUUUGCUCGGGAAGAAAAGUUUCUUCGCGAAUGAGCGUUUAUAUUCUCUUUCGACGCAUCCUCUCAUUGUCUUUCUGCAUUAUUCUCGCAAUUGUCACAUUCUUUGGACGUGUUGCCAACGCAUGCAUUGCGCGUGAUUUUCUGUACAAAAUUCGCGAGAAAAUUUUAUUGUACAUAUGUCUUCUCUUUGUUCCCAAUAAAUUAAAUUUUUGGCUUCAGGUAAAAUAUCGACGAUUUCAAUAAAUUACUCGCGUAAUUUUCUGGCAGGUGUGUCGUGUUUUGAAACUAAAUUUUAUCUACAUAAUCUUUUUGAUUCAUUUAAAAAAAUAAUUUUUUUUUUACAAUGAAAAUUAUAUUCUAUUGCGAUUAUUUAUAAUUUUUUUUACAUCUGUUUAUUAUAUUCUAUACUUCUGUAUACAAAAAUUUUUCUUUUCUGAAGUCAAUCUGCAUUGCACGAUGAACUUUAAUUAUGACGCGUGAAAAGUUGAUUGAAAACUGAAACCGGGAAACACAUUAGGUCCAGCGAGAAAAUGAUAAAAAGACAACGAUGCAUACGUUUCGUGGGGAAAGGUUCGGCCGGUUGCUUCACAGAUAACACGGAUUUCGCAUUAAUGUGGAGACGUCACGGGCAUUUGGCAGUGAUGCAAGAAAUUUCCAGAUCGACCGAAAAACGAUGGCGCGAGAUUACGGGGCGUGGUGCAAGGUGUUUCAGAGUCGUCGUUUUCCACUUUAACUUGGUAGAAUGUUUCGCCGCCCCAUAAUCAGUUCGUCAAAUUUUUUGCGAAGCAACGCAAAGGAAUUCGUGCAGCAUUAAUAAUGAUAACUGAAGAUAAUAAAAUGAUAACUUUAACUGCGCGUUGUAAAUAAUGCGAUAUUAUCUCAGCUUAUUUCAAAAAUAUUUUAAGUAUCAUGAAUCAAUCAUUUAUUAAUUUUGCAGAUUUAAUAAUCGAAAUUUUAAUAUCAGAUAUAAACAUGCGUUAGACAAGUUUUCACAGAACUUUUAGAAUAACGCAACUCAUUGAACUUAUCGAAAAAUACAUAUUUACUUUAGGAAAAAGGACAAUUGCGCAAUUAUAGCAUCGCGUUAUGUUUUAUUUUGUGCUAUGAAAAUUUUGUCACAAUGUUUGCGUUGUAACGUUGAGAUUGAUAGGAAUUAUGAGAGAAAUUUAUUUCAGCUGUAAUCCCCGAGAUAUUUUUGCACAAACUCAUUAUUUCAAAUUGCAAACGACAUUCGAUCAUUUGGAACACACGUUCUGUCUACUGUGAAUUUUGUCAUUAUCGCUGCUAACCGCAACGCGUCAUUAAUCAUUCCUUUCUAUCGCUCCUGUCACGCUAUGAACCUUGAAAGUAUUUGUAAUGUACAAGUUUCUCGCGUAACAAUUUAUACUCCAUGAACAACAUCUCCAGUUGAAAACAUUUUCGUGCUGCACGAGUGUAAAAUUGGUACAAGAGAAUGCUAUAAGCGACAUAUUUCGAGAAAAUUGUGUCUUUAUUUUUCGCCGGGGAAACGAUUUUCUCGAAAUGCGCCGAUUAUAUGAAUGUCAUUUACAUUUUCUGCAAGUAAACAGAAUAUUUUCGGAGAUAACUUUUUUACAAAAUAUUUUCUUCGAUAUUUAGUGUACUCCUACGCAAUAUCGGGCAGAUAUUUGAAAAAAGGAAGGAGAAAUGCGAUAAAGUCAUUAUUUCGAUCUAAUUUGUAAUCUCUUAUUUUUAAAAGUGCAAGUUUAUAUCAAAAGAUAAUUACGAAGUUACUCGAUAUUGAAAAAUAAGGGAUUAUGAUGCUACGAUAAGCUUCAUGAGGUAAAAGCUAACAAAGUUUAAUUUUUCAGAUACGUGCCUGUGUCACUGAUACGAUACCCUUAAUCAUCUAGAUCCUAGAUGUUUAAUAAUUAGACUUGCGAAAAUCGAUAGGAACAUGAUAACAUCUCAUUAAAAAGGAAUAACAUAAU